CUUUUACGAUGAGCAUCAAUACCAAUUUCAACUUUUCACUUCCAGCGAGCCUAUUACUGGGAUCCAGCAGUAGUAUCAAAUACCAGGUGUAUGCUAAGGUAUAGACCGACGUGGGCGAUGCUCAAAAGGACAUUUAGCAGCAUGACCAAAACAGAAGCAAGGGUCGAUUAUGAAAACUGGACUAAAGAACAGCUUAUAGAAAGAAUCCAACAGUUGGAAAAUUCAUCCUCGAAAUUAAACUCAACACUUCCAGUUGCUAGUCCAGUUGUAAACGAUGCAGUUGCUUCCGCAAAAGACAUAAGGUCAAAGAAAAAGAAAAAGGUUCGAACUUUCGAUAUGAACAAAUACAACAAGAGAUUUAUAGCAUUGAAAUUUGCCUAUUUAGGUUGGAACUACAACGGAUUGGCCUACCAGCUGGAGCCAACACCAUUGCCUACUGUUGAAGAAGUCGUUUUGAAAGCUUUGACGAUGUCAAGACUUAUUACUGAACCUACUCCAGACAAGUGCAAGUUCAGUCGUUGUGGCCGUACUGAUAAAGGUGUCAGUGCCAUGAACCAAGUCAUCUCGUUAGUCGUGAGAUCCAACUUAAAUGAAGAAGAGCAAUUGCUCAAAGAAAACGACCACAAAGAAAUCAAGUACUUGUCCAUCAUUAAUGCUUUGUUACCUCCAGAUAUAAGAAUGACAGCUGUCUGUUUAAGACCUCCUCCUAAAUUCGAUGCUAGAUUCAGUUGCGACUAUAGACACUACAGAUACUUGUUCAAGAAACACGAUCUUGAUAUUGAGCUUAUGAAUGAGGCUUGCAUAAAAUACAUCGGAUCCCAUGACUUCCGUAACUUUUGUAAGAUUGACGGAUCCAAACAGAUCACAAACUACGUCAGAGAAGUCUACAGCAUGAAAAUCAUCCACCUAAAAGAUGAUUUUUAUGCUGUUGACUUGAAGGGUUCUGCCUUCCUUUGGCAUCAGGUCCGUUGUAUGGUGGCUAUAUUGUUCUUGAUUGGUCAGAAGCUUGAAGCUACCACCAUAAUCGAAGACUUGUUUGACUUGGAAAAAUAUCCUACUAAGCCAGUCUACGAAAUGGCCAAUGAUAUUCCCUUGGUUCUCUACGAUUGUAUAUAUCCGGAAAUGGAAUGGCUCUCGCCAAUCGGGUCUGAAGGUACCAUCGAGAAGUUCUACAAACACUUCGCCAUGUUCAGGGGCCAAGUAUUGGACUACCAAGUUAAGGCUAACAUGAUUGGAAUUAUGGAACCAUUGGUAAUGAAAGAUGCUCCUGAAAUUGAGAACACCCAGAAACGUGGAACCAUGAAUGUUGGUGAUGGUAGUGGUCGUAACUAUUCCAAGUACGUUCCAAUCAGCAAGCGUGAAGUAGGCGAAACCGUUGAGGCAAUCAACUCAAGACACAAGGAAAAGAAGAGAAAAAGAGCCAUUGCACUCAGUGAAGCUAACAGCAGGGCAGACAGCGAAGUCAGUAGCAUUUUAGAAGAACAAUAGUCCUGUAAAUAUUGUAUCAUAGACUUUAGAAUAGAUGGAAUCUAACUGG